CCUGUCGUUUGCAACCAGUUUAAUUCAGUGUUUAAUAUCGAAAAAUGGCUUUGGCAGAGCUUUGUGGCCUUCCUCGAGGCAGCCUUUUCAACGGUGCUUCGAUGGAAAAUGAUUUCUUCAACCGUGAUAUUUCGAUUAACACGCAAAACUUACAAAACAAUAUGUCGCUCGCAGUUCCGCCGUUUCAAGAUCCCGCUUUGAAUCUUGCGAAGUUACAGGCCGCCGGAGAGUCAAGUGGAAUUAAGAUGGAAUUCGAUCACGGAACCACUACGCUCGGAUUCCGUUUCCAAGGUGGCGUAAUUCUCGCUGUCGAUUCCCGUGCCACCGGUGGUCAGUUCAUCGGAUCACAGACGAUGAAGAAGAUUGUCGAAAUUAAUGACUAUCUAUUGGGCACAUUGGCCGGUGGAGCGGCUGACUGUGUGUACUGGGAUCGCGUUCUAGCCAAGGAGUGUCGCAUCUACGAGCUGCGCAACAAGGAGCGGAUUUCUGUGGCGGCUGCAAGUAAAAUCAUGUCCAAUAUUGUCUAUUACUACAAGGGUAUGGGACUGAGCAUGGGAAUGAUGUUGGCCGGCUAUGACAAAAGGGGACCACAGUUGUAUUACAUCGAUUCAGAAGGCACCCGCACACCUGGAAAGGUGUUCUCAGUUGGAAGUGGUUCGAUCUACGCUUAUGGUGUUCUAGAUUCCGGCUACCACUGGGAUUUGACUGACGAAGAAGCACAAGAUCUCGGCCGGCGCGCGAUUUACCACGCCACUCACCGUGAUGCUUAUUCAGGUGGUAUCGUUCGCGUUUACCAUAUCAAACCAACCGGGUGGGUGAACAUCUCCAACCAGGAUUGCAUGGACUUGCACUUCCAGUUCAAGGAGGAAAAGAACAAGAAGUUUGGUGAAUCCGCAUAACAGGUUAGGUUUUGUGUUUAAUUAUGAAAAGAUAUUUUUGCGAUACUUGCGAAUAAAACAUCA